AUGGAAUUUCCACCAGCACCUUCCGACUCUGUUGAUUGGAAGAGCCUUGGAUUCACCAUUACCGAAGUGAACGGGCAUAUUGAAGCCAAAUGGAGCAGCAAAACUGGCUCCUGGGGCUCUCCCACUUUCGUGGCGGAUCCCUACAUACGCCUGCAUGGCCUGGCACCGGCUCUCAACUACGGUCAACAAGCCUAUGAAGGCUUGAAAGCGUUGCGAACGGCGGACAAUCAGAUCCUGAUUUUCCGUCCUAGAAAGAAUGCUGCUCGAUUUGUCCACUCUGCUUCCUUUAUCUCGAUUCCACCGGUUCCCGAGGAACUACUUGUGGAAUGUGUGCAUGCUGCGGUUGCCUUGAAUGCAGAAUAUGUUCCGCCACAUGAGACUGGCGCUGCAAUGUACAUUCGCCCCCUCAUUUUUGGGUCUGGUGCUGAGCUAAGGUCCCAACCUCCUGCCGAGUUUACCCUUUGUGUAUAUGUGAAUCCAGUAGGCACAUAUCAUGGUGCUCAUCCAGUCAAGGCACUUGUCAUUGAAGAGUAUCACCGGGCUGCCCCCAAAGGAACAGGGUCGGCCAAGGUUGGAGGCAACUACGCUCCAGUAAUGAGGUGGCAAAAGCAGGCAGCUGAGCAGGGUUAUGGCAUUACUCUGCACUUGGAUGCAAAGACGGAGUCUGAAAUUGAUGAGUUCUCGAGUAGCGGCUUCAUUGGUGUGAAAAAGGACAAAGAAGACAACAUAACCCUUGUCCUCACUAACAGCAAGAACAUCAUUGACAGCAUAACCGUGGACUCGUGUUUGGGUAUUGGUAAGAGCCUUGGUUGGAACAUUGAAGUGCGCCCUAUCAAGUACGAAGAGGUCGGAUCUUUCUCUGAGGUGUUGGCCGCCGGUACUGCUGCUGCUCUGCUGCCGAUUCGUUCCAUAACCCGCCCCUCUACCUCUGAGACGGUUUCCUACAUCAAUGAUUCCUCGGAAGAGCCUGGUCCAGUAUGCUCGACGCUUUUAGCCACCUUGAAGGGUAUCCAGUCGGGAAAGAUCAAGGAUGCAUUCGGAUGGACGUACCCUGUGCAUGCUGUAGAUGCAAAGCAGUAUAGUGCCCAGGCUCAAAAUUGA